AUGGUAAACUUCUCCUCGGCUAAUUCUACAAAUGCUACAAAUACAAUCAGUAGAGAAGGCGACAAAGCAGAUGUCCCUUCAGUGGCUGGUGCUAUAAAUGUAAUCAUCAUCAACACCAUCACUUGUCCCUUCACAGUUAUACUCAAUCUACUGGUGAUAAAAGCUGUAAAGUCGACGCCUCGACUCCGUACCAACAGCAACAUCUUGCUGGCCUGUUUAGCGGUGACUGACGCCUUAACUGGUCUCCUUGGCCAACCAUUGUUUGUCCUGUGGAAGAUCUUCCUAUUAUUCGGUCUCAGUGACAGUGGAACAGUUGAAAAUUGUUUUGCCACAACUGUAGUUGUGAUUCUAACAGCUUCAUACUAUCAUCUGAUGCUGGUUACUCUCGAGAGACUCAUUGCGAUCAAAUUUACGAUGCAAUACCCAAACUUUAUAACUGAUGAAAAAAUGAAGAGAGCAGUGUUAGGAGUUUGGAUCCUUGCUUUUAUCAUUGGGGUUUUUAGAGCUCUAAACGUGUCCUUAGUUGUACGUUUUUUUUCUGUCCUUCUGACUCUUUCGUGCAUUCUUUUCCUUGCUUUCGCCUACUUCAUUAUAUAUCGAGAAACACAUCUUCAACAAGAAAAGAUUAAAACUCAACAAUUGCCCCAGCAAGAAGUGGAAAGAUUUACCAGAGAGAACAAGGCGCUUAAGACAACUAUGUUUGUAGUUGGUGCUGUUAUUAUUUGCCUUCUGCCUCUUUGUUUCUGUCUUAUUCUGUUAGUUACAUGCUUUUGUGAUAUUUGCCCUACCAUCGCACCGGUGACGCAAACAUGUGCCAUGUUGAACUCACUUGUUAAUCCGCUGAUUUACUGCUGGAGACAAAAAGAAAUGAGAAAGGUCAUAUUUCGAUUAAGAACGCAGGUCGUGGAUGCAGGUAUCCAGUGA